CCUUCCAAACAAAACUUGAAAUAACAAAAGGUUUCCUUUUGACUUGUAAAAAUCUUAAACUAUUUCGAGGUCGCUUUCUAGGAAACAUGAUCAGCAAACACCUUCAAAAUCCUUAAAAAGAUGAAGGAAGAAAAAAGCGCAAGAAACAAUCAAAGUUUUGGAAAACGUUAAUCAGUAUUCAAAAGGGAAACCUAUCAAUUUUACGUCAGAUUAUUUACUCAGAUGAUAGUGUUGGUGUCGUCAUGAAUAUUCACUUUUCCACGUGCUUUAGUUUUCAUUCGCACGUUUGAGCUAGUCAGGGCUAUUAUUGUUCCAUUAGCCUUCACCCUGAGGCGACCACGUUGGAUAUUCUGGUGGUAUCAAUAGCGGAAAGGGUCUUGUCUUUUUGCUUCGUUUAACAGUUUGGGAACUGGCUGAGGGGCAAUGGCGAUAAAGGUGUCUGUUACUGGUUUGUUUUGUUUCUGCUUUCCAAUAGUUCUUGCAUCAGCGUCUCUGGCGGCCGAUGUCGACCUAUGUGGUGUCGGUAAAAUUGAAGGUAAAAAUUUAACCCUGGCGUUGAACUUCACCGAAGAGAAUGCCAUGAAAAACGGCGGAGAAUGUAGCCGUGUUGUAUUUCUAGAAUCAGCGCGGGUAAAACUUGUGGUCGAGCAAUUGAACCUCGCUAAUGGAGCGGUCUUCGAAAUAUACGACGGCCCAAGCCCUGAAAAAGGCCAACUUCUCGGUUUAAAAGCGGACACUGGGUUGCCACUGACGUACAUUACCACGAGUAACGCUUUGUUCAUUAAGUUCAGAGAUAGCCAAAAAAAGGAAGGGCCUUCGAGUUUUCGCGGGAAAGUCGCUCCGGAACCUUAUCAGCAUAUGUGUCGCUGUCGGUCUGUAGAUAAUGGAACUCUAGAGUGUUCUGAGAGUGAUCGCGAAAGAAGUUGUAAAGUAAAGUGUCAACCAUCAUAUAUGGACUUGUCAAUAAGUAAAGAAGUGAAGUGCGAUCUCGUGAAAGGAGAAUGGGAUAUUGAUAUUCAUAACAUGCACAUCGCUUGUCAGAAGGUGCAAAGCCCAUUACAAAUCAAAGCGCUGUUGCAGUUCGAUUACGUUAACGCAACUUGUAAAGAUGCUGACUCGGAAAAAAUAAAAAGUGCCUUCAGGGUGUCCAUGGAACAAAACAAUGACGUAAAAACCAAGGGUGUGUGUUUUGCUCCUAGUGGUGAUGAAAAUGUGGAUUGCAAGGGGAAGAAAGUUCAAGUGAACUGCACUGGUGACAAGCCAGCCAGAAUGAUAAUAACAAUUACAGACCGUGUAACAAAACCUCCAACUUUAAAGGAAGCCAAUGUGAAACUUCAAGAGCUGAUCACAGCAUACAAAAACUUGAACCUUGAUAAUGUUUUGAACUCCAAAGAUUUAGUCAUGAAUAAUGGAAGUGACUCAUUCACUCCAGAUAAGGCAUCAGCUUCUAUAAAGGUAACACCUCUAUGUGAUAAUCUACAACACUAUAUUAAGGUCCCUGGUAAUGAUACAUCUUUUGUCUGUUCCACCUGCCCACUGCACCAUGCCUAUAACACGUCUACCCACAUGUGUGAGGAAUGUCCCUCCGGAAGUAGAGCAUCUUCUGGUGCAAUCUCCUGCACAAAGAGUGACGGCACCAUGAAGAUGACCCCAAAUAAGACUGCAUGCAAUAGUGCGUGCAUGAAGGGAAGACAUGUGGAUUCGAACUCUAAGAUGUGUGAAUGGUGUCCACAGGAUACUUACCAGAACUCUUCAACAAGGCUUAACCCCACAUGUAUGCCUUGUCCUGAUCAAAAGAAGACCAGCUUUCCAGGAGCACAGAGUGUAGGGGAAUGUCGUGACCCUUGUUCAUCAGGUUCCUUCCACAACACAUCUAGUGGUGCUUGUCAGAGUUGCGCUAUCGGUUUUUACAUUGAUGUUGACAAUCAUGCACUCACCAAGUGCAAGACCUGUAGUGUGGGUAAGACAACCAGAGCAACUGGCAGCAAAGACAGCAGUGACUGUUACACAAGGUGCCCACCAGGCCAGUUUUACAACUCAGAUUCAAAACAGUGUACUCCUUGUGGAAAAGGUAAAUAUCAAGACAAGAUGGGCAAAGACACUUGCAUGGAUUGUCCUAUGAACAAAACAACUCUGAAUCCAGGAUCAAAAAGUUCUGCUGAAUGCAUUAUGUUAUGUGGACCAGGACAAUUUCUUAUGGAAUCUAAUGGAAAGUGUGAUGAUUGUCCAAUGAAUACAUACCAGGAUAUUAAUCGGCAUCAAAACAAGACGUGCAAGUCCUGCGGACCAGACAAAAUCACAAAUGCAACAGGGAAAUCUAGCAUUUCUCAGUGCUUUGAGAAGUGUAGCAAGGGCCAGUUCUUAAACAAGUCUUCCACCAAGUGUAAAAGGUGUCCUGCAGGAGAGUACCAAGAUCAGCUGGGUCAAGAGCAGUGUAAAAAGUGUCCACCAGGUCAUUACCAAGAUCUAACAGGCCAAGAGCAGUGCAAAAAGUGUCCAGCAGGCAAGUACCAAGAUCUAACAGGCCAAGAGCAGUGCAAAAAUUGUUCUACAGGGGAGUACCAAGAUCUACCAGGCCAAGAGCAGUGCAAAAAUUGUUCUACAGGGGAGUACCAAGAUCUACCAGGCCAAGAGCAGUGCCAAAAUUGUUCUACAGGGGAGUACCAAGAUCUAUCAGGCCAAGAGCAGUGCAAAAAUUGUUCUGCAGGGGAGUACCAAGAUCUACCAGGCCAAGAGCAGUGCAAAAAGUGUCCAUCUGGGGAGUAUCAAGAUCAGCCAAGCCAAAAGCUGUGCAAAAAGUGUCCAUCUGGGGAGUAUCAAGACCUACCAGGCCAAGAGCAGUGCAAAAAGUGUCCAGCAGGCAAGUACCAAGAUCUAACAGGCCAAGAGCAGUGCAAAAAUUGUUCUACAGGGGAGUACCAAGAUCUACCAGGCCAAGAGCAGUGCAAAAAUUGUUCUACAUCUGGGGAGUACCAAGAUCUACCAGGCCAAGAGCAGUGCCAAAAUUGUUCUACAGGGGAGUACCAAGAUCUAUCAGGCCAAGAGCAGUGCAAAAAAUGUGCUACAGGAAAGUACCAAGAUCAGACAGGCCAAGGGCAGUGCAAAAAUUGUUCUACAGGGGAGUACCAAGAUCAGCCAGGCCAAAAGCUGUGCAAAAAGUGUCCAUCUGGGGAGUAUCAAGAACAGACCAGCCAGGAGUACUGUAAAAAGUGUCCUGAAGGUAAAACCACUGAAAACAAGGGAACUGAUGAUUCUAAAGCAUGCAUAACUAUUGAUGUAAAGAGCAAAUUUGAAUUGUCUCUUAGAUUUGCUUCUCUUUCUUGGAGUGAAGAACUUAAAGAGGAAGGGAGCAUGAAAUACCAAGAGACAAAGGCAGUCAUUGAGAAAGCAAUCCAAUUUGAGUUCCGCUCUGAUCCAUCAUUCGAGAGUGUUGAGGUAACCAACCUAAAGAAAGGCAGUGUCAUUGCAGAGUUUGAUGUGAGCUUCAAUGACAAAGCUGAUUACAAUCCUGUAAAAUUUCUUCAAGAGGCAGUAGAUAAAGGUCACGUAGGAAACUUGACAGUUUCUCCACAGUCAUUGAAUAUUCUUCAUCAACCAUGCCAUCAACCUCUAGGCAUGGAAAAUGGUCAAAUCAAGAACAAGCAAAUUACAGCAUCAACAUUCUUCAAACAUCAUGAGCCAUCUGAAGCCAGACUGAAUGCAGAAGGAGGGCGGGGCUGGCAUGCUAAGUAUUUCAAGAAGACGGAGUACUUGCAGAUUGACUUUGAGAGUGAGGUCAACAUAACAGGUGUGGCCACACAAGGAGUAUCCUCUGAAGAAUAUUUUUAUGUGACAGAAUACAAGCUUAAUAUGAGCAAAGAUGGAAUUGUGUGGCAUGAAUACACUGAAAAUAACAAAUCAAAGGUUUUCAAUGGUAAUAAUGAUGCAGAAACUGCUGUGAGAAACGACUUUGCACCAUCUGUGCAGUCUCGGUUUAUCCGAUUUCUGCCUCAAAAUUGGAACAAACGCAUUUACAUGCGUGUUGAGGUCUAUGGCUGCAAGCCCAUCAACCUGCCUGUUCCAUCACCUACAACUGAAGCAGAUGUUGCUGCAGUGACAGCAAAAGAGGAAAAGUGGCCAUGGGGAGCAUAUCUUGGCAUCCUGUUUGCAAUCCUGCUUGUCAUUGGAGUUGUGGUUGCUGUCAUCUGCUGGAGGAAAAAGAGCCAAGAAAAGAGAGAGGAAGCUGGAACUGAUGAAGCUCUGAUGGGAAUGAGGAAGCAUGGUGAUGGAGAGUACAGAGUCAUCGAGAAAAAUGCUGCAGAGCCUGACAAAUAUGAUGAAAAUGUAGUUUGAGUCAAAUUAUCAAAGACACAAAAGUUGAUAAAAGAGGCAAUAUAACUUGUGCCUUUUCAAAGACAAAAAUAGUUUAGUCAUUAUAAAGUUAUGUCUGUCAAACUCAACAUAGGAUCUGUGUUUUUUUCAUAUCAAUAUUAACUUUUGAUUGUUUCUUAGAUAGUGAAGUACCCUGUGUAACAGGUGCUUGACUUGACAGGGUGUAAUGGUGAUUUAGCUUAAAAGAGUACACAGGCACAAGAGACAGAGUACUGCUUUUCUCACCAAGCUCUAGCUGCUCAAUAGGCUAAUGUGUAACAAAUUAUAUUACAUUUAUAUUAAAUUAUGAACAUAAUUUUUACCAUUAACAGCUAAUAUCUGGAAACUAUGCAGAAGACCUCUUGCAGUCAACCAGACAUCUUGUUCCAGAUACAAGAAACUACGUCAAUAUUUUGUCUCCUUGGUUACUGGCCCUCCUUGCCUCAUUUCAGGGUGAAGAUUCUUUCAAAUUUCAAAGAUGACAAAGAAUCACAGUAAUAAGAGAAUAAGGAAAAAAGUCACCAUUUUGGAGUAAGAUUUAUAAUGGCUGUCAACAACCAGUUACAAGGAGACAAAGUAAAGAAAACAACUCAAUGAUGAUGAUAAUUUUCCCUGAAAAUCUAAACAUCGUUUUUCAUUGCUUAAAUGUUUUUCUUGUGGUUUUUAGCAUAGAAACUUUUGUUUGUUCUGACUGAAGUUAAUUCACAUUUCCUAUUUUCCAUUUCAUGUUGCAAAAAUAGGGACUUUUCAAUUGAAAGGAGUUUGGCAUGCCUGUGAUCUUACAAGAGGGCAAUAAAGUCUAGUGAAAAUGACAAAAAAAAUGAAUAACAAAGUAUCAUUGUGGUUUCCAGCUUAGAUCUUAGGCCAUAUAAAUCAUACAAUUUGCAAAAGAAGUUUUGGUCCAUAUUAUCCCUUAAAUUUGUAGACUGCAAUUCCCUGAAAUAAAUGCUAUUUGAGAGUUGGUCAA